AUGUCUUUCGUCAAUCUCUCACGUCCCCCUCUCGACCAUCGGGCCCAUAGCGAUACCAACGUCCGGCCUAGAUUCAAUUCACACAACACUUCCGACCGUCUAAGAGAAGGUUCAGGGCUCCGACCCAAGGCGUAUCCAAUGGUCAGCAACAUCAAAAAGGGCAGGAAAUCGGUAUUCAAGGAGGUGGGACUGGACGACGACUUUAGCGACGACUGCGGCUCGCCCGUUGUGGAGACUUUCCAACAGUCUUGUGGCCGACAGGAAUCGAUGUCUAGCGAGAAGGUAUUCGGAGAUGUACCUGGGCUGGAGGAAGCGAAACGGGACGGCACAUCAAACGAUGAGGAAGACGACGCAGAGGACGACGGAGAUGGGGACAGCAGGCGUUCUGCGACGGAACAGCGCGAAGCAGCGAAUGACUCUAGACAACAGAGCUCAAGUCAGGCUGUGAAGGUGUCUUGGUACAACAAGCUUUCUCAGGGUUAUCGACGACCGAGAAUCAAGACGGUCUCUAGCGCACCACCACCUACGAUCUCAAGUCUGCAACGCAUUGGCAUGAUUGCACUACUCAUCGCGGUCAUCAUCCCGGCAUUCAGCUAUAACAAUGGCCGCCAGAAGAUUGAAAGUGGUGCAAUCGCGGGUGUCGUGCGUCCACGAGCAACGACAUCAACGGAUGUCUGUCUAAGAUGGGCACAGCAGGCGGCUUUACUCAACGGCACUCUUUACAUGUAUGGAGGUCAAUCCAAGGUGGAGUCUUCGCAAACCGUCAACACCUGGAACAACGACUUUCUCACUCUCGACCUAACAAAAUCAUGGGACACGAAAUCGCCCUCUCUCAAGGGCAUGACGAUACCUAGUGGGCCUCCAGCAGUCGCCAACGGCUACUUGUGGCACGACUACGACUAUCUCUAUCUCUACGGCGGCCAAUUUGCUGAUAACGACGGCGCUGAAGGCACGUACGCCACCGUUGCUCCCAUGUCGAUCUGGCGAUACUCUGUCAAGGACAACUCCUGGCUCGAGUUCAAAGACCCGCGCACGUCAGCUGGCAACUAUUCGACUGCCGCCAAUACCCCCGUCCAACGUUCCGCCGAAGGCGCAGGCUUGUCGGUACCUGAGCUCGGUUUGAGUUGGUACUUUGGCGGACACCUCGACUGGCUGACCACCGAGGGUUGGUCGACCCAGACUCCGAGGGUGUAUCUCAAGAGCCUGCUAGAGUUUACACACCCCGGAUACCUGAACACUGGUGUUGACGCGCUUCGCGCUGCUGGUGCUGCCGAUGGCGGAGUGUUUCGCAACGUGACUGAGGGCGGGCUGCAGGAAACGGAUGCGUUCCCGGAACGAGCUGACGGUGUCUUGGUUUUCGUGCCCGGGUGGGGUGCGAGGGGAGUCUUGAUCGGCAUGGCGGGAGGAUCCGACAAGACAUUUGUCGACGACCUCGGCACCCUCGAUGUCUACGAUAUCGCUACGUCUGAGUGGUAUCAUCAGAGGACGACAGGUGACCGGCCCUCCGUCCGCGUCAACCCAUGUGCCGCCAUUGCGAGCGCGCCAGAUGCCUCGAGCUUCCAGAUCUACUUCUUCGGCGGACAAAAUCUGCAGCCUUUUGUAGGCCAACACUCGUUUUCUGGAGAACUGGAUAAGACUGACACAUUCAUGCAGGGCAACCAGACACAGUACAACGACAUGUACAUCCUCUCCAUCCCCGCCUUCGCCUGGAUCAAAGUCGACGCAACCGACGGUGUCCCCGCCCCUCGCGCCGGCCACACCUGCACCAUGCGCGACGGCCAAAUCAUCGUCGCCGGCGGUUACCUCGGCCCCGACGCCGGGUGUGAAUCUCCCGAUGUCUUUGUCUUCGACGCGAGCAACCUCAAAUGGAACACGGGCUUCAAAGCCGGAGCCCACGCAGCAGACUUCAGCUCCGAGAACUCCGUCCUGGCUGGGUCCUACGGCUACAAGGUCCCCGACAAAGUCCAGAGCGUCAUCGGUGGUAGCUCCGAAGGCGGGGCUACCGCUACCACACCUGCUGCCGGCCCAGCUACGGGCGGUCCGUUUAAGACGGGUACGCCGCCGGUGUUCACUGUGACGCAGGGUGGCGCGACAGCUACAGUCACGGGCGCAGGACCCACGAGCACAUCCGCGGGACAGGCGCCGACAACCAAGGAUAACGGAGGCGGGACGAGCCCCGGCCUCAUCGCUGCAGGCGUUAUCGCCGGUAUCCUAGGCGCGUUGGCCUUGUAUCUUGGUUUCUGCGCGUGGCUCUACCGACGCCAGGUCGCGGCGUACAAGCAGCAUCUAUCUCAGGUGAACCGGUACUCCGGCGCAAGCUCCAUGCACUUUGGUGCCGCGGGCUUCUUUGGUGCUGGAAAUCGUGACGAGGAGAGGAGAGAGCGCGGACACCGCCGAGACGCGAGCACCGUCAGCGACGAAUCCUUCUCAUGGGUUGGCACCGGUGUUGAGCCGAAGUGGAUGACGGACGAUCCUACACCGGGCUCUGGAUCUGGUGGCACGGCGAGUGGGAGCGGCGCUGGCAGCGGGUUCAAGAGGAAAAGUGAGGACGCGAGGACGUUUAAGAGCGGGCCGAGUGGGAACGAUCCGCGCACGAGCUCCAGUCGACGCGACAAUACGGACAAUGAGAGUGUUUCCAGCACGGAGCAGUUGCUUGAUGGGCAGGAGCCGAGUUUCUUCUCGGUUGUCAUGGGGCCUAGGCGUGCUUUGCGGGUUGUCAACAGUACCGAGUAA